UGUUUACAUCUUAUCUUCAUGUGUGCUGGUCAAAUAUUCACUGAAUUUUAGAUCAUUAUAAUACAAAUUCUUAAAAUGAGCGUAAAAACAGACGAACAACUGAAAGAAAAAAUAUUAAAUGUUGCUAAGAAAAAUCCAAAAGGAAUAUCGCAUAAGGAUAUCACUGCCGCAAUACCAGAAAUAUCUUCGGCUGACUUGGUUACUGCUAUCAAUGAACUAUUACAGCAAGAAUAUUUUGACUUAUUUAAUCAAAACGGAGUGUUGAUUUAUCGAAUAAAAGCUCAAACUAGUAAACAAGCCGUAAAAGGAGCGGAUAAUGAAGAAAAGGUUGUAUUUAAUUUAAUUGAAGAGGCUGGCAAUAAAGGUAUAUGGAUACGAGACAUCAGAGUCCGGUCAAACCUGGCUAAUACACAACUGACUAAAGUAUUAAAAAAUCUAGAGAGCAAGAAGCUCAUUAAAGCUGUAAAAUGUGUCAAUGCUUCCAAGAAAAAGGUCUACAUGCUGUACAAUUUGGAACCAGACAGGUCUAUAUCAGGAGGAGCUUGGUACCAAGACCAAGAUUUUGAAUCUGAGUUUGUAGACAUACUCAAUGUUCAGUGCUACAGAUUCCUAAGUCAAAGGUCUGAGAAAAUGAAAAACAACCCCCGGGGGCCCAUUGUUGGCAGGACCCAGACAUACGCCACAGCUGCUGAAGUACAGAAAUAUAUUACAGACCUGGGUAUAAGUAAAGUUCAACUUGAUGUAGAAGAUGUUAUCACCAUCUUAAAUACUUUGGUGUAUGAUGGGAAGGCUGAGAGCAGUGUAUACCCUGAUGGCAGCAAAGUAUACCGCGCUAUAGAGCCCCUUAUACCAGCUCCAGGGCUUGUGCAGGUGCCAUGUGGAGUGUGUCCUCUCAUAUACAAGUGUGCCUCCACAGGUCUCAUCACACCCCAGGAUUGUAAUUAUAUGAAAGAAUGGCUUGACUAAUAAACAAGAAAUAAUA